AUGCCCGUAGCGACCUCACAGGACAUCGCUAUCGUCACGGUGGGCGUAGUUCUCGCCGCUGCCUAUCUCUUCCGUGAUCAGAUUUUCCGCUCUUCUUCACCCAAAGUAGUUGUACCUGCACCAUCAAAGCUAGCAAAUGGUCAUGGAAACCCACGAAAUUUUGUCUCGAAGAUGAAAGAGGGGAAAAAACGCAUUGUCAUCUUCUAUGGCUCUCAGACAGGCACAGCCGAGGAGUAUGCAAUCCGUAUCGCGAAGGAGGCAAAGACCAAGUUUGGUCUUACCUCUCUCGUCUGUGAUCCGGAAGAAUAUGACUUUGAGAACCUGGACCAGGUCCCUGAGGACUGUUGUAUUUUCUUCGUCAUGGCCACCUACGGAGAAGGUGAACCCACCGACAACGCCGUUCAACUCAUGCAAAAUCUCGAAGACGAAUCAUUCGAGUUCAGUAAUGGCUCCCACAGACUAGACGGCCUGAAAUACGUAGUUUUCGCUCUCGGCAACAAGACUUACGAACACUAUAACGCUAUCGGACGCAAGGUAGACGCUUUACUUACCGACAUGGGUGCAACGAAAAUCGGUGAACGCGGCGAGGGCGACGACGACAAGAGCAUGGAGGAAGACUACUUGGAGUGGAAAGACGGGAUGUGGAAAGCCUUCUCAGAGGCAAUGGGCGUAGAGGAAGGUCAGGGUGGUGACACGCCUGACUUUGCAGUCACCGAACUCGAUUCACAUCCUCCCGAGAAAGUGUAUCUCGGCGAACUCUCCGCCCGUGCGCUUACCAGAACCAAGGGUAUUUACGACGGAAAGAACCCAUACCCUUCUGCCGUCAAGCACGCCCGUGAACUAUUCCAGGCUGGUGCUGAGCGCAACUGCGUUCACGCUGAGCUUGACAUCGAAGGCUCUGGAAUCACAUAUCAACACGGUGACCACGUGGGUGUCUGGCCUUCAAACCCCGAUGUGGAGGUCGACCGCAUGCUCUACGUUCUCGGACUUUACGGCAAAAAGGAUGCAGUCAUCAACAUCGACUCUCUCGACCCUGCCCUCGCCAAGGUCCCGUUCCCCGUCCCCACAACAUAUGCCACCGUCCUUCGUCACUACAUCGACAUUUGUGCAGUGGCUGGUCGUCAGAUGCUCGGUGUACUGUCCAAGUUCGCACCUCACCCGAAUGCGGAGGCGUUCCUUAAGACUCUGAACAGCGACAAGGAGGAGUACUCUAACAUCGUCACCAAUGGAUGCUUCAAGCUGGGUGAGGUACUGCAACUCGCUGCAGGCAAUGACAUCAAGCUCCGCCCUGCGCCCGACAAUACCACUGCUUGGGCUAUACCCUUCGACAUUAUCGUGUCAUCCAUUCCGCGCCUCCAACCCCGGUUCUACUCGAUUUCUUCCAGCCCUAAGCUAUACCCGAAUGCAAUCCACGUGACCGCUGUCGUUCUCAAGUACGAUUCCAUCCCCAACCGACUUGCGGAAUCGCGAUUCGUUUACGGUGCAAACGGAGAGAUGGCGCCUUUCAUCGCCGAGCCAGUAAUUUCAGAACCUGCUCAUGUAUCUCUCCCGAGAUACGCGAUCGAAGGCCCUCGUGGUGCGCACAUAGAGGAUGAUAUCUACAAGAUUCCCAUCCACGUGCGCCGCUCGACUUUCCGUUUGCCUGCUAACCCCAAGAUUCCUGUAAUCAUGGUCGGACCUGGUACUGGUGUUGCUCCUUUCCGCGGGUUUGUACAAGAACGGGUUGCCCUGGCGAAACGGUCUAUUGAGAAAAAUGGACCUGACGCGCUCGCUGACUGGGGUUCGAUCACUCUCUUCUACGGAUGCCGUAAAUCGAACGAAGACUUCUUAUACAAGGAAGAGUGGCCGCAAUAUGCGGAGGAACUCAAGGGCAAGUUCAAGAUGCACUGUGCAUUCUCUCGUGAACCACCGUACAAACCCGAUGGCAGCAAGAUUUACGUUCAGGAUCUGAUAUGGGAGGAACGAGAGACCAUCGCGAAGGCGAUAUUGGAGGGCAAGGCAUACGUGUACAUCUGUGGAGAUGCCAAGGCGAUGAGCAGGGCUGUGGAGGAUACCUUGGCAAGGAUACUCGGUGAGGCAAAGGGUGGGAACGCUGAGGUGGAAGGUGCUGCAGAGAUGAAGAUACUCAAAGAACGGUCACGGCUGCUAUUGGAUGUAUGGAGUUGA